AUGAAUUUUUAUAUAACACAAUAUUCAAGUACUUAUCGACCACCACGUAUCCGAGCAAAAUCAAAUAUUCUUGCAGAUAGAUCUUUAACAACAGAAAAUCUUCUUACACAAAAAUUAAAAGCUGAUUACAAUACUUGGGUAAUAUAUUUUAAUUCAUAUUUAUGAAGAAUAAAAAAAAAACAUGCGAAGAGUUUCUUAUGUUAUUUUAAUCAAAAAUUUAUUAGUAUUGUGAUUUUCUCCAGAAUGAUUUGACUUUUUCUGUUAGGUUUAUUAUGAAAGUUUUCAUUGAAAAUAUGCAGUUUGCUUUAAAAAUUUUUCCGUAUAUCUUUACUAUUCAAUUCUUUUUAAAUGAUAGGUCAAUAUACCGCAUUUUUAUUUAUACAAGCAAACUUCAAAAGUACCCUUCAAAGCUAUCAACUCUAAUUGAAAUAUAAAAGCUUACUCCUUUUCUAUAUGUAGAAAGACAUUAUAUAACAAUUCUUUUUUUAAUUGCUUCUUUUUCUUAGACGUUAUUCACACGGCUACUGUCUGGAUUUUUUUAAUAUAAGCACAGCUACCGUAUAUGGAGUCUAAAUGAUCUGUGUGCCAUUUCGAAGUUGCAAUGCACUUAUAAAAAAUUACUGUUUAUGCUCCAGAGCUUCUUUUACCUCAUUUUAUAGGAAAAAAACAGAAAUACUAAAAUAAAAUGAUUUUUCAGCAACAUAGAAUAUCAGUAUAUGACUCGAAGACAGUUCGCUUCUAGCUGACUGAUAAGUUUAAUGAUCGAUGGUUUAGAAGAGAUGAA